AUGAGGGCGUUUCUCUUGUUGGUAGUCGUGGUGGGCGCCAUCGUUGCGGACGAAGCAGUGAACGUGGCGAAGCCCGUCGUGUUGGAGGAGAAAGCUCAGGAGGUCAAAGCGGAAGGGAAGACGAUUGAAGCCAAGGCAGAGGGGAAGGAGGUGGACCUCGGCUCCAGGACGGCGGUCGGCGACAUCGGUGAAAGAAGCGCCGUCCCGGCAGCGCCCAUCUACCCAUAUCCAUACUCGACGUACUACUGGCCGUAUGUGGCUAUCGCGGCGCCUUCGCAACUGGCGCGCUCGGACGGUAAAGGCGUCGUCCCAGCAGUGCCCUACUACUACCCGUAUGCCUACACGACAUUGUUGCUGUUGGUUGUCUUGGUGGGUGCGGCCAUUGCGGAGGAAACAGUGAAGGUGGAGGAGAAGCCCGUCACAGUGGUGGCCAAAACGGAGGACAAGAUGACGCCUGUGGUGGCAAAGGUGGAGGGGGAGGGGCUGGAGCUCGGCUCCAGGACAGGCGCAGUCGACAUCGGUGAGAGGAGCGCCGUCCCAGCAGCCCCCAUUUACCCGACACCGUACCCUUCCUACUACUGGCCGUACUACGUACCCCUGGCAGCGCCGUCGCAGCUGGCCCGCUCGGACUCUAACGGAGUGGUGACUACAGUGCCCUACUACUACCCGUAUGCCUACACGUAUCCCUACUACACGUAUCCGUACGCACCUGUAGUGGCGGCGGCACCCGUGCCUGCCCUCCGUGUGCUACCUGCCUGGAAAAAGUAA